UGUUUUUCCGUUAAAAACAAAAAUCACCCAAAAAAAUAAAAAAGUUUGUUGAAGAAGAGUAAGAAAUAGAGGUUUGGAUUUAUUGUCGGCUCGAAGAAAUGAAAAAUCCAUGAACAAGUGAAGAACAAAACAGAAGCUGAAUUCAAAUUCAAUUAUCUGUGACUAAUUAUAUUGCAAAAGAAGAAAAGCUUUUGCAGAUGUAUACAGACAACGGCAUGGAAACAGAUUCAGCUGCGACAAAAGAAAAUAAUGUGCUACAACAGCUCCUUAGGAAGCCGAGGUAUUUUAAUCCUGCAAUUGAUAGCUGGGUGACAUGCUCCUGGUGUGGUCAAGAAGGUCACAGGGCAGGGCAGUGUACAAUGCAGAAGCGGAGGAAACCAUGCCUACGCUGUGGCAGUUCUUGGCAUAGGCGUUGUAGACAGAGAAGAAAGGCCAAAAGAAACCGAGAAAUUGAAUCACAUCCUGAUUCCUGUUUAAGAUGUGGCGGUCCUGGGCAUGAUAUGUUCUCUUGUAGUAGUGACUAUUCGCCUGAUGAUCUCAAGGAAAUACAAUGCUAUAUAUGCAAGAAAUUUGGUCACCUAUGCUGUCAAGAGUUUCCGGAUUUAUGUUCGAGUGAAAUUUCUUGUUAUGAAUGUGGAGAAUCUGGCCAUUUGGGUUCUGGAUGCCCAAGUUUAUCUGACGGAACUAGUGGUUCAAAGCCCCUCUCAGGUGCUACGGUUGUGGAAAGCAAGGCCAUCAAGCAGCUAGAUGCAAUAAUCACGUGAAGGUUGCUUCGUUACCGGUCUUUGUUUUUACUGAAACCCCUUUCUUAUAUGCACACCAAAAAAAUAUUUACGGAUUGAGAAUUGUGGCAUAAAAUAUGGCAAUGAAUCAUCAGAAAUUCCAUUAGUAGAAUAUAGAACAAUGUAAUUGUAAGCCUACAUCAAUCCUGGUGAAAUGAGCUGAUGAUUGUUGUACCUUAGAAAUGAUGCAUCCUUUUCUGAACAAGCAUAUGUUCUUAUUGUACAACUCUUUUUUUUUUCUCUUUUAACUAGUUAUUCAACUUUUAAA